AUGUGCCGGGUUCUGAACAUCCUGUUGGCUCUUCUGAGUCGCUUCCUGUUUGCGGUGCAUGGCAUCCUGACGGUGUGGCGUGUGGUGGAGGUGACAGGACAGCCCUCCUAUUGGCUGCUGCUGACGGGUGUGGCACUGCUGGGGGUGGAGAUGACCAUCACUAUCAAAUACACACGCAACGCUGAAUGGAAAUGGUUCUCACCUAUGGUGUUUCUAUAUCUGAGCACUGUGAUUCCCUCAGUCUGGUUCCUGGAACUGAACCUCCUACAGUCCAAUCUGCCCAUCAACUCGAGCACAAACUCUGACCCGCAAUUCUUCUCCCAGAUCCCGCUAACAAUGGGGUUGGCAGAACUUGAUCCUGAGAACUGGGUGGAGGCUCUGGAGCAGACCAUGUUGAUCGUUUUGGUUCUGGGCCGCUGGCUGAUGCCGAAGGGCGAUAUGUCACGUGACCAGCUAUCCCAGCUCCUCAUGGUUUACGUGGGGCUUGGAGCUGAUAUCCUGGACAUCUUUGACACGUUUAAGGAGCCACAAGUGAAGACCAAGCAGGCCGUGAUCAUUGUUGGGCUAAGUUUAUUCUCCUGGGCCUUGAUGCAGUUUCCUCUUGUUCUUACCCAGACCAGCCGUCCCAAGGUCCAGGUGGAAGUUCAGUCAGAGACUGCCCAGCCUGGGCAAGUUGGUUGGACCGUUUCCUGUUGCUCUAGUGAAGUCUGGAGCCUUCUGCUAACGGUGGGUCUGCAGGAUGGACCAUUCCUGAUUUACCGUCUGUACCUCAUGAUACGUGAGAAUGUUCUGAACCAGCUGAUGAUCUUCUUCACAUGCAAGAACAUCCUCAUUGUUUUGCUGGAGGUCUACAGGAUCUGUGUUGUCCACUUUGAGCAGAGCAAUCCAGGGAGCAGAACCGAGUCAUGCGACCCGUCUCAUGAACACUCAGAAUGGACUCAUGGAGAGGCUAUAGAAUCCAGCUGUCAAGAAUAG